AUGAAUCGCAUCUGCUGCCACGUCGUCUUCCUUUCUGCGAUCCUGAUUUCAGUCUCAGCGAUUCCGAUACCCGGAGAGCUUCCCGCGAUGUUCAAAAACGGGGAAUACAUGACUGGUAGGCCAUUAUACGCUCCUUUACCCAUAGAUACAAAGACAGCAGCUGCCGACCGUGAAUGGCGCAUGAUGGGCAAGGCGGAUGCUGCAUCCUCAUAA